UCGCCAGCAGCGCGGCUGGGAGCCAGAGGAGCGGAGUAGGCUGGAGCCUGGUCGCUCCACUUCCCACCGCCGCUGAGUGCAGGGAGCCCAACCCUGCUGCAGUCCUCAGGGGUGGCGCUGGAGCGGGGCCGGGGGCCAGGUGGAAGAGGUGGAGCAGGAGCUGGAGCAAUAUGCAGCUGCAUAGUUUCCUGGUGCCCUUCGCAGCUCUGUACUUUGCGUAAGGGUGGGGACGGACCUGUCUGUAAUCCACUUUGAAGCCUGGGGUCUUACCUGGCGCUGCUUGCUUUUAAAGCCCGAACUGAACCUUGGAGAAGACAACAUGGAGAUAGAGAUUGAGACAGAGAGAUCAUAAAAUAUAGGCUUCAUUCUGCUUUCUGGCCAUAUCAGUAAUGCUUUUUUGUAACAUUGGGCUGAAAAUCAUUUGCAGGAUUUGCUUGAGGCCAAAUUCCAAUAACCUUUCUCUGAAAUGCCCAUGAUAUGUUUGUCAGACUUUGAAGCUUAUGCUAAGAAGCAUCUGCCCAAGACCAUUUGGGAAUUUUUUGCAGCUGGAGCUGAUGAGUGUUGCACCCGAGAUGACAAUCUCCUGGCAUAUAAAAGAAUCCGCUUCCGGCCACGCAUGUUGCGGGAUAUGUCUGUGAUAGACACUAGGACUAUUCUUCUAGGUACUGAAAUCAACUUCCCUGUAGGGAUUGCCCCCACCGGUUUCCACCGGCUGGCUUGGCCCGAUGGAGAGAAGAGCACAGCAAGAGCGGCUGAAGCCAUGAACACCUGUUACAUCACCAGCACAUACUCCACCUGCACGCUGGAGGAGAUUGCUGCAGCUGCUCCCAAUGGCUUCCGAUGGUUCCAGCUGUACAUUCAUCGCAACAGGGCACUCUCAGAGGGGCUGGUCCGACGUGCAGAGGCCGCGGGUUUUCAAGGUCUGGUGCUCACCGCCGAUCUUCCCUACCCUGGGAAGAGACGAGACGACAUCCGCAACAACUUCCAGCUCCCACCGCACAUGACAGUGAAGAACUUUGAAGGAGUUUUUGAGGAAGAGAGUUGUUCUGAGUAUGGCCUCCCACCUAACUCCAUAGACCCUUCUAUAAACUGGAAUGACAUCUAUUGGCUGCAGAGCCUGACUCGCUUGCCUAUCAUUGUCAAGGGAAUUUUGACUAAGGAAGAUGCAGAUCUGGCAAUGAGACAUGGAGUUCAGGGGAUUAUUGUAUCCAACCAUGGUGGAAGGCAGCUGGAUGGAGGACCUGCCACUAUUGAUGCUCUGAUUGAAAUUGUAGACACAGUGCAAGAUAGAGUUGAAGUUUAUUUAGACGGUGGAAUACGAACAGGAAGUGAUAUAUUAAAGGCACUGGCACUUGGAGCAAAAUGUAUCUUCAUUGGAAGGCCAGCUUUAUGGGGUCUGACCUACAAGGGCGAAGAAGGGCUUCGCGAAGUUUUGCAGAUUUUACAUGAUGAAUUUCGUUUGUCAAUGGCUCUGGCUGGCUGUCAAAAUGUCUCAGAAAUCGGACGAAACCUGGUUCAGUUCUCCAAGCUUUAAAUGGUUUAUGCAAUGCCCACCAACCAGACACAUGGAAGCAGCUCCUGAUAACUAUCAAAGCCUUGAGUGUCCUCAGUAACGGACUCCCAGCUGUGUAAGCCUCCCACUGUUCCCCGACAAGCACCCCCCAUUCUCCUCUGAGCUGUUGAAAUGUCCUCCCCCACAUAAAAACAAGUGAAACUAUCAGGAUGUGUGCAUAACAUCGCUGCAUGUCCUUAUCAUCACAACCCCCACCCCCCACACACACACCCUACCCAGACCCCUCUACUUUAAGGCUAAGCUUGGAAACAGCAGGGGUCAGGCCUUAUUUCUGUAUAGAGCACCAUGCAUACCUAUGGCUCUGUAUAAAUAAUCGUUUGGUCAC